GCUUUCCCGUUGUUUCGUUCGUUCUUCGUUGGUUGUUGAUCUUAUAGUUGUACUGUGUUAGUGAUUUGUUUGAUGUUAUAAGCAAGACAUAAAUUAAUUUUAUAAUUAUUAUUAAAAAAUACUAAUCAGAAAUAUUUUUUGCCAAUGGCAAAGCAUCAUCCUGAUCUUAUAUUCUGCCGAAAACAACCAGGAGUGGCCAUCGGUCGACUGUGUGAGAAGUGCGACGGCAAGUGUGUCAUCUGCGACUCGUAUGUGAGGCCGUGCACGCUGGUCCGUAUUUGUGAUGAGUGCAACUAUGGUUCCUACCAGGGCCGUUGUGUCAUCUGCGGAGGUCCCGGCGUCUCCGACGCUUACUACUGCAAGGAGUGCACCAUACAGGAGAAGGAUAGAGACGGCUGCCCUAAAAUUGUGAAUCUCGGCAGUUCCAAGACAGAUCUCUUCUACGAGAGGAAAAAAUAUGGAUUUAAAAAGAGAUAAACCAAUACAUACAUUGCAUUCAUAUUCAUAAAUUCAUUUUUUCAUAAUUCCAAUGAAAUGUACAUAUUUUUUACUUAGUGUAUCUCUUAAUAAAUGUUUUAAUGGUGA